AUGUCCCAGCCGGGCCAGAAGCCCGCAGCCUCUCCUCGGCCCCGGCGCGCGGCGGCAGCCCGCCACACCCAGGAGGUGAGUGGCGCUCCGGAGCGAGCCGCGGAGCUGGGCGAUGGAGGGAUCCCGGACGUGCAGGGGCGGGCCUCCUUCCUUGGGAGUUGCCGGGCCUGCCCCCCUAGACGCCCCCCACUCCCCCGUCGCGGAAGGGGGCUCAGGGCCCUCGCAGGCAGAGGGGGUACAAGGUGGAUAAGCGUGGAAGAAGAAUACAGGUCACUCUGCGCUCCCCGCCCCCCAAGCCCCAGAGUGAGGGGUUCAUUGCCCAGGACCGCGGGUCUUCCGUGUGGGUCCGGGGCCGUAGGGCGUGGCUGCCUGCAGAACACCUCUUCCCUAACUAGCUGGCGGCCAAACCCGGGGGCGGGGCCCGGCGGGUGGGGGCGGGGCCUGAGGCCCCUCCCCCGGUGCCGCCCACCUGGCAGCUGUGGCUCCCCAGAGCUCAGUGCCCUCAGGUCCCAGCCAGACAGCCUGUGGUCCCCGCGUCCUCUAGCACCGCUCCCCGCGUCCUCGCCGGGUCCAUCGCCUCGCGGCUCGGAACAAGUCGGUGUCGCCAUGGCAUUCGCAAGCUGGUGGUAUAAGACGCAUGUCAGUGAAAAAAACAGUGGCUCAUCUUCCAAACCAGGAGAAAAGAAAGGAUCAGAUGAGAAAAAAGCAGCAAGUCUUGGGAGCAGUCAGCCCUCCAGAGCCCAUGCUGAUGGGACAGCACCAGCCACAAAGGUGUCUGCCUCCUCUGGUGCAACUGGCAAGUCUUCUAGUAUGAAUACCACAGGAACCAAGGCAAUUCCAAUCAGCAAAAAGAUGGAAGGACCCCAUUCCUCCUCACAAGAAAACACACAAAACAGUUACUCAGGAGCCUUUCCCUUGGGAGUGGCUCCCCAUUCUGACUCAUGGCUGUCCAGACUGAAAGCUCUUCUGCCUCCACAUGGAGCCCCCAGUGGUCAUGAGAAAAAAAUCCCAAGAAGGAAAGCCAAAGGAGCACACAGAG